AAAGCGACGAAAUCUGAACGGAGAGUCAGUCUAUAUAAUUCAGGGAGACUUAUUCAUUGGGGUCAGAAUAUUGAACAGAAUCUCGUUUCAGCGUAUUAUUUCAAGCUUGCCGCUAAUCUGGAAAUUUGGAUGCUUAUUGGUAUUUAG